AUGGCUGACGCAGAUGUCGGGGGCGCAGCUCCUUUUUCGGAGCCCUUGGACCUUGUCCGUCUCUCGCUCGACGAGGUCGUCUUUGUGAAGCUUCGUGGAGAUCGAGAGCUUAAGGGCCGCUUACAUGCCUACGACAGCCACUGCAAUUUAGUCCUAGGCGACGUGGAAGAGACAAUUUACAUCGUUGAAGAGGAUGAAUCCGAACAGGAAAUUAUCAAGACAAUCAAGAAGCAAGAAGAAAUGCUUUUUGUAAGAGGGGAUUCCGUUGUCCUGAUUUCGCCUCAAUCUCCAUCAUAG